UCUUCUAUAAAGACUAUUCGCCACUUCUUUAUUCAUACAGUUAUUCUCUGCUCAUUCUGAUUCUCCUGCAUUAGUUCUAUCUCUAUUCUUCUCCUCCGCGCACAAAAAGAUAGAAUGGCAUUGAAUAAGGGGCUGCUCUUUUGGGUUGCGUUCUUAUCUGUUUUUCAAGCUUCUAUGGCGGAUCAGAUCAAGGUAGGAGGAACAGGGACAUGGGAUAAGACCACUAAUUAUCAGAACUGGGCAGACAGUACUACUUUUCAUGUCGGGGACUCAAUCGCAUUUACAUACAACUCGGCGCACUCUGUAGUGGAGACAGAUUCAAUGGGGUUCCAGUCGUGCACACCUUCAACCAUACUUUUGCAAGAUAACAGUGGAAGUACGGUGGUACCGCUUAAAACUGAAGGAACGCAUUACUUCAUCUGCAACACUCCUGGGCAUUGCUCAAGUGGAAUGAAAUUUAGUGUUACUGUUCUUCCCUCCACCAUCAGCCCAACCACGACCACGCCCACCUCCACUGAAGAGAAAAACUUGGCUGCCACUGUAGCGCCACCAAAAUCUCUCUUAGCUGGUGUGGGAAUAAUGGGCAUCGCUCCUUUUAUACUCUUCAUAUAAAUCAGCCUCAUUUGUGAGGUCUUGAUUUUAUGUAGUUUAUUAUUCAAUAAUAUGUAUUUUCAUUUA